AUGAGUGCAGACAAGCAACUCGACAUCAAGACCGGCAGCAGCCAGGAUGGCCAGGGUAACGAUGUUAGCGAGGGCCAUGAGGUUUCUGCCUAUAUCGACCCGGUCAAGGAGGCUAAGAUGAUGCGAAAAUUCGACAUCUGGGCGAUCGGUGGCCUCGGAAUCCUGUACAUGAGCAACAUUGGAAACGCGCAGAUCGCCGGCCUCCCAGCAGACCUUGGUUUGACUGGCAACCAAUAUGGCACUGCUGUCACCCUUCUCUACGCUACAUAUGUGCCAUUCGAGGGGCCCGUUGCUAUUCUACUCAAGAUCAUUGGCCCCAAACACUUGCUCACCUUCUGUUGUCUCGCUUGGGGUAUCGUUUGCUUAGGCACCGGCUUCGUCCAUAACUGGCAAGGACUCUACGCUUGUCGUAUGCUUAUUGGCUUCUUUGAAGCUGGCCUCAUUCCUUGCAUCAAUGUUUACAUUGGGAUGGUGUACAAGAAGUCUGAAAGGGGCAAGAGAUCGUCUAUCAUCUUUGCCUUCAGUGCAAUUGCCAGCGCCUUCGGUGGCAUUUUCGCAUAUGCAUUGACUCAAAUCCGAACCGGAACAUACUUCUCGACAUGGAGAGCCCUCUUCAUCAUCGAAGGUUGCAUGACGAUUGUCAUCGCUCCGCUCUUCUGGCUGUUCUUCCCUGCCACACCGAAGGACGCCUGGUUCCUGACGCCCGAGGAGAAAGAAAUGAUGAAACUUCGCUACGAAUUGGAGCCAUCUUUUGGUAUUGAUGAAGAGUUCAGUUGGAAGGCUGUCAUUGAUGGCUUGAUCGAUCCCAAGUUCCAUCUCCACUGGAUCUUCCAGUUCGCUGUCGACAUCUCCCUAUACGGUUUCACAACAUUCCUCCCAGCCAUUGUCAACGGCUUGGGUUACACUUCGGUUACCGCGAACCUGAUGACGGUUCCCAUCUACGUCUGGGGCCUUAUCACUUUCCUCUUCACAGCCUACAUGUCCGACAAGACUGGGAAUCGCGGAUACUGGAUCGGUGGUCCUCUUAUCUGCCUCAUCAUCGGAUACGCGUUGCUAAUUUCCGUUGAUAACUUGGGUGUCAGAUAUUUUGCCUGCUUCGUUGCUGUGAUGGGAAUUUACCCUACAACAGGAAUGAGUCUGAUGUGGCUCAGCGACAACGCCGCACAACACUUCAAGAGAGCCACCAUGGUUGGUGGUGCCCUGACCCUUGGCAACACUGCUGGAGUUGCAGUGGGUCAAAUCUUCGUCAGCUCGGACAAGCCCCGAUAUAUCCGGGGAUUGUCUAUCGCUAUGGGUCUCGCGGCAGUUGCAUUGGCGUGUGUUGCCGCUCUCAUGAUAGGAAUGCAUAUUGUAAACAAGAGGCGCGCAGAGAGAAUCAGGAAGGCGGAGGAAGAGGGUUCUCCUCUGCCGAGCAUCCCCGAGAAGGGAGACUUCGAUGUGUACUACAAGUACACUCUCUACAUAAAACAACUUCAAGACGAGAAUGAGGAGCUUAAGCGGAAGACAUCUCUCCCAUCUCAGGCUAGUCCGUCAGCAAGCCAGGUGUCGGACCAGAUCGUGGUCAACACAGAAGCUCACGAAGAAAAGGAGGAGGAGGAGGAAGAAGAAGAGAUCUCCACCGCUGAAGUGGUCCAUCCCGUCAUUGAACAGCGGAUAUGUGAUCCUGCAGCGCCACGGCCAGUUUAUGUCGGCGCUGCCGCGUUUACUGCCUUCGCCAACAUCUUAUGGCACGAUGGUCCUACACCACCAAGGAACGUCAAAGUCUUCAAACAUCCAACCCUUCAACGAGCCAUCAAGACCGACUACAAACUCCCGAACUACACCUACGCCAAUCUUCUUGUCCAAGUUGUCUUGAGAUUUAUCGGAAGUGAUUACCACUUGCUGAAGAAGAAGUCUUUCUCUCAGAGAGUGGAUCGGCUCUACGGCCCCGCAACGGAGCAAACUCCGGACACCAUGUUCCUCUGUCGGCUGUUCGCAGUCUUUGCCCUCGGUGAGCUGUAUCUCAAAAAGUCGACAUGUCAGCGAGAAGUGCCAGGUGCGAAAUUCUUCUUGCAAUCAGUGUCGUUAUUUGAGGAGUUGUACGAGGAACCCAACAUAGAGUACAUCGAGACUCUGCUGCUGAUGUGCUUUUACUCGCAUGCCUUGAACAGACAGAACACGGCAUACACAUAUGCGGGCAUUGCGUUACGACUGAGUGUCACUAUGGGUCUUCACAGAAACAUCACGUAUGACCCAAAAACGCCCCCAGUUGAGAUCGAAAAUCGGCGGCGCGUCUGGUGGACCGUAUACACCUUCGAUCGUCUAUGCAGUGCAAAGCUGGGCCAUCCGGUGAUGAUCAAAGAUGAAGAUAUCGAUGCCCCAUUUCCCUCAUCGGACGGCCUUUCUGCCGAGGAGCAGGAGGAGUUCGUGGACGCGGGUCAGCUCAUCGCCAACAUCAGAUUGGCCCGCAUCACUGGUCUACUUUUAGACCACACUUACAAAAUUCACUCGCCCCACGAAAAGACUUUUGUGAGCAACGUUCAUAGAAUUCUCACGAGUCUGAAGGAAUGGGAUGCGACACUGCCUCCUGAAUUGGCUCUCGACCACAGCAGAACCCCCUCGUACAGCACAAGGGCAGUCGCUUCUUUGCGACUUCACUUCAACCAGUGCGUGGUAUUGACAACGAGGCCUAUCCUCCUCUUUCUCUUCAAAUACUACAUGCGCCAAUCUCAAACUCCGUCAUCGCCAUCAUCAGAGUCUACGAAGGUGCUGCCGCCAAUGACAAUUGCCUUGGGGGAGGCCUGUAUAUAUGCUGCUAGAGCAUCCAAUCGACUCCUGAAACAGCUCUGGGUGGACGGGGCCAUUGCAACCUUCGGAUAUUUCGACGCUCACUUCAUAUUCUCAUCCACCAUCAUACUCAUCCUCUCAAACAUUCUGAACCCGAACGAUGGCGACCGUAACUCCGUCGACUUAGCGUGCACGCUGCUGCAGUCCAUGGCCGACGACGGUAAUCUCCCAGCCGCCGAACUUCGCGACCGACUAGCAACACUCAAGGAGGACCUCGAGAGCAAGUAUGCCACUAGCAGCUGCCAGGUUACAGGUCCAAAACAAGGGUACAUGACAGCUGCUGGUACCUUCGCCGCGCACGUUGCCCCGACCUCGAGUCGGCGAAAGGGCGACCCCAACAGAUCGCAGACUGGCCAGACACCCUCAACAACAACAAGCCCCACAGCUGAGGUCUCCUCGGUAGGGAGAGCUCCCUUCGAUGAUCCCUUUAUCCAAGACUUCCUGGGCCAGCCAUACUCAGAGUGGAGUCCGAGUGCUUUUGACAUUACGAAUGAUGAAAUUGGCGUUUCUUCUUUGGCUUGGGAUAUCAGAACGACGAAUGACAUCUAA